AUGGACAUCAAGAAGCCCAUCACUUCCACCAUCUCCUCGGCGUCCUUCUCCUUCCUCACCGCCGAGGACAUCCGCAGCAUCUCUGUUAAGCAGAUCAUCAAUCCGGUGCUGCUCGACACCACCAACCACCCAAAUGCUGGCGGUCUCUACGACCCAGCCCUCGGCCCUAUGCGCCCCAAUGACAUCUGCUCGACAUGUCACCUCAAUUCGUAUCAAUGCCCAGGUCAUUUUGGCCACAUCGAGCUCCCCUCGCCCGUCUUCCACCCUCUCUUCAUGGGCAACAUGUUCAACUUGCUUCGAGGUACCUGCUUCUACUGUCACCGAUUCCGCGCCAAUCUCGUCGUUCUCACCAAGGUCAUCGGUCGCUUGCGGCUGCUCGAGCUUGGUCUUGUAGACGAUGCGGAGAACAUCGAAGCCGAGGAGCCAAGAUCACACGCGAAGGCUUCCGAUCUCAGCAACGACGACUUCGACAGCGCAAACGAAGAUGACGAGGACAAGGAGUCCGGCAAGAAGGCGAGCGGCUCGAAGCCCAAAGGCUUCCACGGCGAAACCCCCGCCGAGUUCGCCACACGCAUCAACAAGCAGGUCAAGGAGCUCAUCAAGGCGGCCAAGGCCAGCGGCAAGGCGCAGGUGGAGCCAGAAGCAGGCAGCUUGGCGUACACCGCCCGCAAAAAGUGCAUCAACGACUUCAUGAAGGACAUCUAUAAGAAGCGCUGCGGCCAGUGCAAUGCUAUCAGCCCCCUCGUGCGUCGUGACGGCUUCCUCAAGAUCAUGGAGAAGGCGCCGACCAACAACGAAGUAGCCGCCAACGAUCAAAAGGGCUACUUCCGCAUCUCGCCCGUGAAGCGCGUCGCUGCGAUGGAGCGUCGCCUUGCUGCUUCUGCCGCAUCCACGUCUGCUGCUGCGGAGACCGAGGAUGAGGUCGACAUCGCCUCUCAGGCCAUCUCUGCCGACAAUGCACCCAAAGAGGCUGGCUACCGAGUCAUGCCGGCCGUCGAAUGCCAGGCUCAUCUUCGCUUGCUCUUCCACAACGAAUGUCCCCUCUGCUCGCUCAUCUUCGGCCGUAAUGGUCCCUUCCGCCUCGGCAACUCGGCGGGCAAAGUCAAGCCCAAGGUGGGCUCCUCCAUCUGGUCCACUCCCAACGGGGCCAGCGCCGACAACUUCUUCGUCGGCGUGCUUGCAGUGCCACCCACACGAUUCCGUCCAGCCAGUAUCAUGGGCGAUAUGACCUUCGAAAACUCUCAGAACGAGCUUCUCACCAACGUGCUUAAGACCACUUUCGUCAUUCGGGAUCAGAUCACCGAGUUGGCGCGAUUGUCAGCCAAGAAGGACUUCCCCGAACUCGGUCCCGACGCUUCCGAGACCGAGUACCGCGCCGCCGAGGCACAGCUCAUCAAGAGCCGCGAAGAAACUCGCCGCAAAGUGCUCAACUCGAUGAUGCAGCUCCAGGUCGACGUCAACUCGUUCAUCGAUGCCAGCAAGAACCCCAUGCCUCUGCGUCAGGGCCAGCUGCCGCCCCCCGGUGUCAAGCAAGGCCUGGAGAAGAAGGAGGGCCUCUUCCGAAAGCACAUGAUGGGCAAGCGUGUCAACUUUGCCGCUCGUUCCGUCAUCUCCCCCGAUGUGAACAUCGAGACCAACGAGAUUGGUGUGCCGCCUGUCUUUGCCCGCAAGCUCACCUAUCCCGAGCCCGUCACUGUCCACAACGUCCAGCUCAUGCGGCAGCUCGUGAUCAACGGACCCUCCAAGUACCCUGGUGCCGUUGCCAUCCGAAGCGAAGACGGCACCGAGACGCAGCUCGACAAGCUCAGCGUCGAGGAGAGGACCGCGCUCGCCAAUCAGCUCCUCACACCGCAAGAGCACUCUUCCAAGCAGGCCCGCGGUACCUUUGCUGGUCUUGGCAGCUCGACACGCACGCCCAUCGCCAACAAGCAGGUGCUACGUCACCUUCGCGACGGCGACAUCCUGCUGCUCAACCGACAGCCUACAUUGCAUCGACCCUCGAUGAUGGCGCAUAAGGCUCGUGUUCUUGUGGGUGAAAAGACCAUCCGCAUGCACUACGCCAAUUGCAACUCCUACAAUGCAGACUUCGACGGUGACGAGAUGAACAUGCAUUUCCCGCAAUCGCAAGCGGCUCGUGCCGAGUGCUACUACGUCGCCAACACCGACAACCAGUACCUCACGCCGACCAGCGGCAAUCCGCUUCGUGGUCUUAUCCAGGAUCACGUCGUCGCCGGUGUAUGGAUGACGUCCAAGAACACGUUGUACACACGUGCCGAGUACCAGCAGAUUCUCUAUGGCGCUUUGCGACCUGAGGGCAAGUACACCGGUAGCGGUCGCGUCCUCACUGUUGGCCCGGCUCUCUUGAAGCCAGAGCCACUGUGGACCGGCAAGCAGGUCAUCUCCACCGUGCUCCUCAACCUGAAGCCCGCCAAAGCAGACGGUCUCAACCUUACCUCGAAGGCGAAGGUGGCUGGACGCAUGUGGGGCAAGGACCACGCUAGCGAGGAGAAGGUCAUCAUUGAAGACGGCGAGCUGCUGCAAGGCGUGCUUGACAAGGCUGCUUUUGGUGCUUCCUCCUACGGUCUGGUCCACGCCAUUUUCGAGAUCUACGGAUCCGAGACUGCUGGCAAGCUUCUCAGCAUCCUUUCGCGUCUCUUCACUAAGUUCUUGCAGACCAACGCCUUCUCGUGUCGAAUGGACGAUCUGCUGCUCAGCAAGGACGGCGACAAGGACAGGCGGGACCUCCUCAACGCCGCCAAGGACCAGGGCAAGGGCGUCGCCAUGAAGACUGUCGGCCUCGAGGGCGAGAACGAAAAGAACCCAGACACGGACAGGAACCUGCGCAUCCGUCUCGAAGAGGUCUUGCGCGACGACAACAAGCUGGCUGUUCUCGACGGUGAGAUGAUGGGCUCGUCCAACGGUCUCUCCACCAAGAUCAUCGACACGUGCCUGCCCGCAGGCCUGUACAAGAAGUUCCCGGAGAACAACAUGCAAAUGAUGACCGGAUCCGGUGCCAAGGGUUCCGCCGUAAACGUCUCGCAGAUCUCGUGUCUGCUCGGUCAGCAGGCGCUCGAGGGUCGACGUGUCCCUCUCAUGGUCAGUGGCAAGUCCCUCCCGUCCUUCCGCCCCUUCGACACGUCCGCGCGAGCCGGUGGUUUUGUUAGCGGUCGUUUCUUGACCGGCAUUCGGCCUCAGGAGUACUUCUUCCACUGCAUGGCGGGUCGUGAAGGUCUAAUCGAUACAGCCGUCAAGACGUCGCGAUCCGGCUACUUGCAGCGAUGUCUCAUCAAGCAUCUCGAAGGUGUCCACGUCCAGUACGACAACACUGUCCGCAACGCCGACGGCUCCAUCCUUCAGUUCAACUACGGUGAAGAUGCCCUGGACACCACCAAGAGCAAGUACAUCGGUCAAUUUGACUUCACUGCUGCCAAUUUCGAGAACUAUAACAAGCGCUACGACCCCAAGCAGCUUGGCGAGGUCGUCGAGGCCGAGCUCGCUGCCGAGCACAUGAAGAAGGCGCUCAAGAAGCCGCACAAGUACGAUCCGGUGCUCAGCGUCUACACGCCCUCGACGCACUUCGGAUCCAUGUCGGAGAAGUACGCCAAGGAGAUCGAAGCCUACAUCGAGAAGAACCCCAGCAAGCUUCUGGCCGACAAGAAGAAGAAGAGCAAGAAGCGAAAGUCCGAGGCCGAUGCAGGAGCUCAAGACGGUGCCAGCGCGGUGGAAAAGCUUCGAUUUGUCAAGGAGAAGCUCGGCGUCGAGGCCUUCCGCGCCAUGUGCAAGGUGCUCUACCACCGCGGUCUCGUCGAUCCCGGAGAGGCGGUCGGCCUGCUUGCGGCUCAGGGUGUCGGUGAGCCCUCGACGCAGAUGACGCUCAACACGUUCCACUUCGCCGGUCACGGUGCCGCCAACGUGACGCUCGGUAUCCCGCGUCUGCGUGAGAUCGUCAUGACGGCCUCGCAGCACAUCAAGACGCCCAUCAUGCGCCUGCCCGUCCUCGAGGGCAUCACCGCCGACCAGAUCAAGACGUUCUGCAAGGACGGCAGUCGUCUCGUGCUCAGCCAGGUCAUCGACGAGGCCGUCGUCACGGAGAAGAUCUCGCCCAAGUCCGAGGAGACCGGCUACCACCGUCAGAAGACGUACACGGUGCGCCUCAACUUCUACCCGGCGGACGAGUGCAAGGAGGAGUACAACUGCUCCACCUCGCACAUCCUGCGCGGUCUGCAGGAGACCUUCGCGCCCAACUUGGAGAACAGCAUCAACAACGAGAUGCGCAAGCAGAAGCGCGAGCAUGCUCUGCAGGCAGCUGCGAUUGGCAAGGGUCAGACGUUCUCCGACAAUGCACCUGCUGGUGAGAACGACGAUGAGGCCGAGCGGGCCACGGGUGCCGUUGGCCGCCGACAGGUCGGCGCACGAGGCAACGAUGCUGACUCGGACGAUGAUGAGGACGCCUCGUCGGACGUUGGUGACGGCGACGCCGACGAUGCCAAGAGGAAGCAGAAGUCGGCAGCUGCCGCGUCGUACGAGGAGGGUGACGACGAAGACAUGGACGCCAUCCCAUCCACCACCGAAGAUAUCGAGGCUGCCUUCAGCAACGGCAACAAGAAGAAGUCGACCGCCCCCAUGAACUUGGACAGCGGCUCGGACUCAGACUCCGACUCGGACGACGGCUCGAUCAACGAAGAGUGGGCCGAGCAGACGUCCGCCCUCGAGCGCGCCCUCCAGGAGAACUCCAAGUACAUCAACGCCUUCCGCUUCGACGACGUGAAAGCGCGCUGGGCCGAAUUCGACCUCACGCUCGCUACGCAGUCGCAGAAGCUGCUGCUGAUCAACAUCGUCGAGCGCGUCUGUCGCCAGAGUGUGAUCCACGAGAUUCCCAACAUCGCGCGCGUCAUGAAGCCGCCUCCGAAAGCCGGCGAGGAGGGCACCUCGCUCACCGCCGAGGGUAUCAACUUCCGCGACCUCUGGGAUUUCGGUUUCGGCGUCGUCGACCUCGACAACCUCUACACGAACGAUAUCGGUGCCGUGCUGCACACCUACGGUGUCGAGGCCGCGCGUGCGGCGAUCGUAGCCGAGAUGCGCGGUAUCUUCGACACGUACGGUAUCGCCGUGUCGCCCCGUCACCUGUUCUUGAUCGCAGACUACCAGACCGCUGCGGGCGGCUUCAGGCCGUUCAACAGGAGCGGUAUCGCCGAAUCGAGUUCGACAUUGCUCAAGGCGAGCUUCGAGAUGACCAUGGCGUUCAUUGGCGGUUCGGCACUGCAUGGCGAUGUGGAUAUGCUCAAGACGCCCAGUAGCAAGCUGGUGGUUGGCCGACCGGUGUCGAGUGGAACGGGCACGCCAGAGAUCAGGCUGGCGCUGCCUGCGCCUAUCGGUGCCGCUGCAUAA